GCGUCCCCCGCGCCGCCGCCGCCGUGGGAGGGGGUGCGGGCCGCUCGCCGCCGCCGCCGCCGCUCUGCGUCCCCCGGCCCGUCGCCGCUAUGGGCUCCCUGCUCAGCCGGCGCAUCGCGGGCGUGGAGGACAUCGACAUCCAAGCUAACUCUGCCUACCGCUACCCGCCUAAGUCCGGAAACUACUUUGCAAGUCACUUCUUUAUGGGAGGCGAGAAAUUUGACACCCCUCACCCCGAGGGCUACCUUUUUGGCGAGAACAUGGAUCUAAACUUCCUCGGGAAUAGACCUGUUCAGUUUCCCUACGUAACUCCAGCUCCACAUGAGCCAGUGAAGACACUGAGAAGUUUGGUGAAUAUCCGCAAAGACUCUCUCCGACUUGUGAGGUAUAAAGAUGAUGUUGACAGUCCUACUGAGGAGAAUGGGAAGCAGAAAGUCCUGUACAGCCUGGAGUUCACGUUUGAUGCAGAUGCCCGUGUUGCCAUCACAAUCUACUGCCAGGCAACGGAAGAGUUUGUUGGUGGCAUGGCAGUAUACAGCACAAAGAAUCCCUCUCUGCAGUCGGAGACAGUUCAUUACAAGAGAGGGGUAAGCCAGCAAUUCUCCCUGCCUUCCUUCAAGAUUGAUUUCUCAGACUGGAAGGACGAUGAGCUGAACUUUGACUUGGAUCGUGGUGUGUUCCCUGUGGUCAUCCGAGCGGUGGUGGAUGAAGGGGACGUGGUGGUUGAGGUGACGGGUCAUGCCCAUGUUCUUCUCGCUGCGUUUGAAAAGCACGUUGAUGGCAGUUUUUCUGUGAAGCCAUUAAAACAGAAGCAGAUCGUUGACCGGGUGAGCUAUCUGCUUCAGGAGAUCUACGGCAUCGAGAACAAAAAUAACCAAGAGACCAAGCCUUCGGAUGACGAGAACAGUGACAACAGCAACGAGUGUGUGGUUUGCCUGUCGGACCUCCGUGACACCCUCAUUCUGCCCUGCAGACACCUCUGUCUGUGCAAUUCCUGUGCUGACACCCUGCGCUACCAGGCCAACAACUGCCCCAUCUGCAGGCUGCCCUUCCGCGCUCUGCUGCAGAUCCGGGCUGUGAGGAAGAAGCCGGGAGCUCUGUCGCCGGUGUCGUUCAGCCCUGUCUUGGCACAGAGUGUUGACCAUGACGAGCACUCCUGUCCCUUUAAACCCCUUAAAGUGAGCACUGUCUCCCUGCCCAGCAGGAAGCCUAGAAGGGAAACAAGCUCUGACAACAUCCCUCCAGGCUACGAACCCAUUUCCUUGCUGGAAGCACUGAAUGGCCUUCGCUCUGUUUCCCCCUCCAUCCCGUCAGCUCCUCUGUAUGAAGAAAUCAACUACUCGGGUGUGGUGGAUGGGAUGCCGCCUGCGAGCCGACCGCUUGUUGGGAUGGACAGAGCCGUGGAGAGCAGCCACCAGAAGGGCAAGCGGAGCAAGUCGCCAGAUAGCACACUACGGUCUCCCUCGUCCCCAAUCCACGAGGAAGAUGAAGAGAAGCUCUCUGAGGACUCGGACUCGCAGCCACCACUGAGCGGGGGUGAGCUGGUCCUGAGAGAGACGAGCUCUCCAGAAAGUGUGGCAGGGGAAGAGAUCGAGGAGGCCUCGUCCCUGCAGCUGGGUAGCCGCCCGCCUUCCGUCGAAGACGUGCUGCAGGACGGCAGCUGCGGCGAGCACAGGAGCCUGACACAGUCGGAGAGCGAUCCUCCGGUAGACGUCUACCUGCCAGCACUGGGUCCCGAUUCCUGCUCUAUUGGUAUAGAGGAGUAAGCUGGCUCAUCCGACUUCACCAAGACGCUCCCCGGCCGUGGCACCGGCAGCCCCACGCAGCCCCUUCUCUUUGAGCAGACGCGUCUUCACCUGGAGGACGAGCAGAAUCUCUCGUGAGCGGGGGACCCGCGCACCUCCCUGCCCGCCGGACCCCCAGACAUAGUGUUUUUACGUGUGUGGGGGGGGGGUGGGAUGGGCGGGCUGGGGUUUUUGGGGUUAAAAAGCAGCAGAUGAAGGACACUACCGUUGUAUAUUUUGUACACACUGAGCACAGCCCUUUGCUGUCACUGCCCCUGUAUAUAGCCUUGCUGCAGGGCUCUCUGGGGGCGGGGGGGGUGGGGGG